AUGGAAGAGAUUCAGCACUCGUUGCAGGUGGAGCGGGAGCAGGUGCAAAAGCGCGCCUUUACGCGCUGGAUCAAUAGCAUCCUGCGUGACACGGGCUUGCACAUCGACGACCUGUACAGCGACCUCUCUGAUGGAACAGUGCUGCUCACGCUCCUGGAGACCAUCUCCGGGGCGCAGCUGCCUGCGCCGUCGCGCGGGCGCCUGCGCGUGCACAAACUCGAGAACUGUGCCCACGCACUCCGCUUCCUGAAAGCAAGCAAGGUCAAGCUGGAGAACAUCAGCGCGCAGAACAUUGUGGAUGGAAACCCGCGCCUGAUCCUCGGCCUCAUCUGGACCAUCAUCUUGCGAUUCCAAAUGCAAGAGAUCCAGCUCGAAGGCGACGCCAAGUCCGCCAAGGAGGCCCUUCUCUACUGGUGCCAGAAAGUCACCAAGGGCUACCCCAACGUGGACAUUCGCAACUUCACAUCAAGCUGGAGCAAUGGCAUGGCCUUUAACGCCAUCAUCCACAGCUUUAGACCGGACCUUGUGCGCUACAAUGAUCUUGACCCACAAAAGUCCAUUCGCAAUCUCAAGUCUGCCUUCCAAAUUGCCGAAGAUCACCUUGGCAUCUCUACCAUCCUCGAGCCAGAAGGUACGCAUGUGUGUCGCGGGAUGGACGAGAAGUCGGUCAUGGCGUACUUGGCGGGCUUCUACCACUACGCGUCUCAGCUCAAGAGCACUGAAGUGGACAUCAAGCGCCUCAACAAGUUCCUCACAUUCCUCCUUGACAUGGACGCCAUGCAAAGCCAAUAUGAGGAGCAAGCGAGAGCCCUUCUCCAGUGGAUUGUGGCGACAACAGAGCGGCUGCGGAAACGCGACUUUGCCAACAGGCUGGAGCCGCUUCGCCGCCAGCUGCUGGAAUUCAAGCAGUACAGAACCGUGGAGAAGCCACCCAAAUUUGUCGAGCGCGGCCAUCUGGAGGCACACCUCUUUGCCAUCCAAACGCGCCUCUUCUCCCAAUCACACCCCGUGUACGAGCCCCCGGAGGGCCUGCUCAUCACGGACAUCAACCACGAGUGGUCUGUGCUGGAGACGGAGGAGCACGAGCGCGAGGUGGCGUUGCGCGCCGCCGUCAUUCGGCAGGAGCGGCUGGAGCAGCUGGCUGAGAAGUUCUAUCGCAAAGCAGACCUUCGCGAGUCGUGGCUCGACGACAAUCUCACCCUCGUCAGCGUGGACACCACAGCCACCGCCAACGGCAACGGCAACGGCACUGCCGCAGCCAACACCGCCGCCAGCAGCAACGUGACGACCGACGCGGCGAGCGGGGGCGAAUUCGCGCUCGCCACUGUGGAGGCAGCGGUGAAGCGACACGAGGCCAUUGACACGGAUGUGCGCGCCCACGCAGACCGCAUCGAGGCCAUGUGCGAGCUGGCAGGCGGGCUCCGCGACGCAGGCUACCACGCGGCAGAUGAGGUGACGCAGUGUGAGCAGCGCAUCCUGGAUAAGUGGGAGCAGCUCCUUGCACUCAUCAGGGAGAAGCGGGCGGAGCUUGACAUGGCGCUGGAAGUCGCAAACACCCUGCAUGCCAUGAACCUCGUUGCCGCGGCGCUCGCUGCUGCCCUCACCACGGCCUCCUCCACCACGACUGGCAAGCACGUGCAAGAGUGCGAGGAGAUGCUGGAAACCCACAGCAGCCUGCUCGAGGCAGACGUGCAGCCGCUGCUGGAACGCGUGCACGCCGUAAACGCGCAGGCACAGAAGUUUGUGGACCUGGGCCACUCACGCGCGCCCAUGCUGGAGGAGCAGCAAGACCGCCUCUUGCACCUCCACGCAGAGCUGGACAAGCAGGUGCGCCGGCGCAGGGAGCAGCUGCAGGACGCCCUGAGCCUGCAGGCGUACCUGAGCGAUGCCGAUGAGGUUGCAUCAUGGAUUGCCAGCAAGGAGUCCAGUGCCGCGUCCACGGACCACGGCCGCGACGUCACCUCCGUGCUCAGUCUCCUCAAGAAGCACACCGCCCUCAUUGCAGAGCUCAAGGAGCAGGAAAAACACGACGUCGGCCCCAUCGUUGCGCAGGGCACGCAGCUCGUGCAGGCGGGCCACUUUGCAGCAGAGGCAAUCCAGGCGCGAAACACGGAGCUGUCCACGGCCUUUAAUGCGCUCAAGAGCGCCGCGUCCAGUCGCCGCAAGCACCUCGAGCUCAACAAGCAGCUGUGCUUGUUCAGCAACGAAGCAGCCGAGGCCCUGGCCUGGCUCAAGCACCGCGAGCCCCUGGCUUCGGAGCAGGACACCGGCAGCACGCUGUCUGCGUCGCAGGCCCUCCUGCGCCAGCACGAGGCACUGCAGGACGAGUUGGACGCAUUCGCUCGCACAGUGGCCGCGCUCAAGCGGCACGGCAGCGACCUCAAGCUCCAAGGCACGCCGCAGGCUGCCAAGGACAGCGCAAACGGAAACGGCGGCGCCACCAGUGGCGCCAGUGGCGCAAGGGGCAAGAAACAGCUCAAGGCGCUGCACGCGUAUGCGAGCCGGUCCAAGAACGAGCUGAGCUUCCAGAAGGGGGACAUGUUCACCCUCAUCAGCGACACGAACAAGGACUGGUGGAGCGUGAAGACAGCCGAUGGCGCCCUGGGCUACGUGCCUGCCAAUUUCGUCAAGGAGGUCAAGGCCGGCAAGCGCUCUGCAGGUGCGGGCGGCAUUCAGCUCUCCGCGUCGCAGCGCGCGUCCGUUGAAGAGACGCUGCAGGCCGUUGUGCCGCUGUUUGACCACCUGCAGAAGCAGUGCAAGGCCAGGCACCAGCAACUGCUGGACGCGGUUGCCGCGCAUGCGCUGUUGCUUGAGCACGAGGAGCUUGACGCGUGGCUGGAGCACCACACGGCCAUCAUCUCCUCCACAGAGACGGGCAAAGACCUCAACCACGUGCAGAACUUGCUCAAGCAGAUCCAGAGCCACAGCGCCGACAUGGAGACGCAGCGCAGCCGCCUGCAGCACGUGCGCGAUGAAACGGCGCGCUUGCUCGAGAGCGGGCACACACAAGCGCCACAGCUGCAGCAGCGUCGCGACGACCUCGACGUACGCUGGUCCAAGCUGCAGGAUGCCACGCAGCAGCGAGCACGGGCCCUGCGCGCGUCGCAGCGUGCGCUUACGUUCAACCGUGACGCAGAGGAAUUGCGCGCGCUCAUGCGCGAGAAGCAGGCGGCGCUGUGCAAUGGCGAGCAGCCGCGCGACGCCUCGUCCGCGCAGGCGCUGUCCCGCAAGCAGGAUCAGUUUGAGGCCGAGGUGCAGGCGGUGCAACAGUCGGUCGCCGCUCAUCGCGCAAAGGGCAACACCCUUGCCGAGAAGUACCCUGCCCACGCGGGGGCAAUUGUGGCAAAGGCGCAGCAGCUGCAGAGCGAGCUUGCGGAGCUGCAAGAUGCCACGGCGGCGCGGCGACAGAGUUUGGAGACCAGCGCACGCGUGCUGCAGUCCAAGCGUGCUUUGUCCGAUGCGCGGGCCUGGCUGCGCAACGUGCAGGCGACAAUGAAGGGUGCCACCACCCGGCCCACCACGCCAUCGCACCCCCUCUCAACUGCCGCCGCCACGGCUGCAAGCCCAGGUUCAUCACCAGGUGCAUCCGCGCCAUCCACGAGCCGCACCACGCCAUCGGGCUCCCGUACACACCUGGGCCUCGCCUUCACCAGCGUACAGGCGGUGCAGGCGGCCAUUGAGGCGCACGAGGAGCUGCGCAACGAGAUGGACGCGCGCGAUCAACAGGCAGCCAAGGCGCUGGAAGCAGCAGAGCGGCUGCUGGACGACGCCAUCAUCGCUGAGCAAGAGCAGGAGCACCUGCAACGGCAACGCGCACGCACGCCCGAUGCAGGCGCACGCCAGCGCGACAGCACAGUCAGCACAGCCAGUGGCGGCAGUGGUGGCAGCACCACGCUUCUUGGUGACGUGCGCGCUCUUGUUGAUGAGGUGCAAGAGCAGCAGCAGCAGCAGCGUGAGCGCUGGCGUGAGCGUGCUUCGUUCCUCAAGGAACAGCAGCGGCAGCUCAGGCUCAAGGCAAGGCUCGAUGCCCUGGAGAGCGUGCUCACGGCGCAAGAACAGCGCCUGAAAUCGCGCGCGCGGUGGGAGGCGGGGUCUGCGGCAGAGCUGGACCACCUCCUGCGCGUUUGUGAACAGGAGCACCAGCUGCUUAACACGCACCGCGACACGCUGGCCGCCACCGAGACCCAACUACACAAGGGCAGUGGCUCAAGCAGCGAGGCCGACACGCUGAGCGCAAUGGCGCAACAGCUCGAGACGGCAUGGGAAGCGGUGCAGGCGGCAGCGGCCGACCGCGGUCGCCACUUGCGUGAAGCCAUUGAACAGCGCGAGUUUGAGGAGCUUGUGUCUGACCACAUGGCGUGGUGCUCAACCAUGACGGCCCGGCUGACGGACAUUCGCGCACGUGCCGAGAACAACCGUGGCGGGGGCGCCCCGUCACACCGUGCCUCUUCCGACAACGAUGGUUCUGUGACCAGUGGGGCUGCCGGAGAUGUGCAACAGCAGCAGCAACAGCAACAGCAACAGCAGCAGCAGCAGCAGCAGCAGCAGCAGCAAGAUGCAGGUGCUGCAAGUGCUGGCAGCAGCGUGCGCGCGCUGCUGCAAACCAUCGCCGCCAACGUGCGGCCGGAGCUGGACGUGCAGGCGCUUCGCCUGGACACGCUUCAGGACCUGUGUGUCCGGCUUGUUGAGAGCGGUCACUCAGACGCUGCUGGUAUCAAAGCGCGCACGGAGCGGGCUGCUGCGGCCUUUGCGGAGGUGCAGCCAGCGGUCGAUGCGUGCGAGCGCGAUCUGCAACAUGCCUUGCGAGGGUACACGCUGCUGCACGACCUGCAGUACCAGACGUCGCUCUUGCAGGCGCGUCUGGCGCAGGUGUCCACCACCCAGUGCGGCACCACAGCACGAGAUAACGCGACCCUCAUCAAGGUGCACGAGGUGUUUAUGGCACAGGUGGAGACGCAAGAGCAGUCUGUCGACGAGUGCAUGGCCAGCGUGGAGGCAUACAAGGAGGACCACACCCAGCACCAAGAAAGCCAUGCAGCCACCACCGACAGCGAAGGUUCUCACGCCAGGGCCGAGGUGCGCGACGCGUGUGUGCAACGGCGCCUGCACCUGCAGGAGACGGCAACCAUCUUCCGCUUCCUGGGCGAGUGCUCGUCGUUGGUGGCGGGUCUGGAGGAGAAGCGCGAAUUGAUCCGUGCAGCCGUGAAUGAACUCGGCGCCGAGCGCGAUGCAACGCAACACAUCAUCUCCCGACACCAGGCUGUGCGGGAGGAGCUGGCCGUGCUUGAAACCGAGCUGCUGCACCUGCAAGACACAGUCAACGCCCAUGCUGAACGUGCACCGGCAUCAAGCAUACCGGAAACAAGCGACGACCGCACGGGCGAUGGCCAGCAGCCAACGCUGCGCACUGUGGAGCAGCACAUUUCUUCUGCCCUCAGCCUCGCUGCCGAGUUGAAGGAGGAAGCGGAGCACCGACGCGCGCUGUUGCAGCAGCAACUGAGGAUGCACGAUUUGACACGGGACCUGGCUGAGUCGCUCGCUUGGCUGCAGCAGCUGGUGGACCAGGCCUCCAACCACGACAUUGGAAAGGACGAGGAGGACUGUGAGCUGCUUCGCGACCGCUUCGACAAGAUGCAGGAGCAGGCAGAGGCCAACAUGCCUGCGCGGCUUGAUGAGGUCUGUGCACAGGCGCGCACCUUCCUCAGCGAGGGUGAAGACGGCUCCGUGCCCCAAGCACCAGAACAGCGGGAGAUGGUGUCUGGCGCGGUACAGAAGCUCACGACUGCCAAGCAAGCGUUCGACACCGCCAGCGCGGAGCGAUUGAACGAGCUGGACGGCGCCCUGAAAAUUCAUCACUUUGAGCGCACGGCACAGGAGGUGCAGACACGCAUCCAUGACAAAUGCGCGCUGGUGGACAUCUCCUCUGCGCCAGAGGAAGUGGGUGCGAUUGAGGCGCUGCAGCGGAAGCACGAAGGGUACGAGCACGACCUGGCCGCCCUGGAGACAGCCGUGCACGAUGUCGCGGCGCAAUGCAGCCAGCUGUGCACCGCGUUCCCUUCCCAGCAGGAGCGGCUGCAGGCCACCAACGCCGGCGUCUCCGCUGCAUGGGAGCAGCUGCUCGCCGUAGUCGAAGCAUCCAGGGCCAAGCUGGCCGACCAGGCCGGUGCAUGGGUGCUGACCAACGCACGGGACGUGGAGGCUGCGCUUGUGCGCCAUCUCGAGCUCAAAGCCGACAUUUCCACGCAGGCGGAGGACCUGGACGGUUUGCUGGGCUUGCAACAGCAGCUGUCCAGCUCAGCCCUGCAAGCAGCGGCGCUUGCCACCAUUUCUGACCGCAUUGCCGCUGUGGGCGGCCAGGUGGACCGCAUGGUGUUGGGCGACUACUGUUGUGCCGAUGCUGCGGCAGACAUGCGCACGCGGCUGGAAGGGCGCUUGGACGAGGUGAAGGCAGCCUAUGAAGCCACCCGCCGCCGCCUCACCGACGCCGCCGAGUUCCAGGCGUUCCUGCAACAGGCUGGGGACAUUGAUCACUGGAUGGCUGUGAAGCGCAGGCGCACGCGCGCUGGCGCUGCAGCAACCAGCAGCAUCUUCAACCUCCAGGCGCGGCUGAACAAGCAGCUGGCAUACCAGGAGGAGGUGCAGAGCGCCAGCACCGCUGUUGACGAAGUGGUGGCUGCGGGGGAGAUAAUGCUGUCCCGUGGCAGCCACGAGAACACCGACACCAUCCGCAGCGUUUGCCAGCGGCUGCGCGCCAACCUCGCUUGCCUGCUCGCUGAGACAGACACGGCAACGCAGGCGUUGAGGGAGGCCAUCCAGAUUGCGUCGUUUGUGGACAAGUCCGAAGAUGCUGUGCAGGAGCUCGGCAAGCGGUGCACAGAGCUGGCAGCGCUGCGCCCGCUGGAGGAUCUAGAAAUGACGCUGGAGGUGCAGGCAAAGUGCAAGGCCCUGGAGCGGGACAUCACCGCAGUCGACAGCAAGCGUGUGCAGACGUUGCAAGAGCAGGCACAAACGCUUAUGACGCAGCUGCCGAGCCAGCGUGACGUCGUCCGCCAUGCAGAGGCCGAGCUGGUGACGGGGUGGCAGAAGGUGGAGGCCACGCUGUCCCGCCAGCGCCACGCGUUGGAGGUGGCGGUCGACGUGCAGACCUAUCUCAAGGACGCGCAGGAGCUGGACGCGUGGAUGUCGGAGAAGCAGAGCGCCGUGGCCGCGGACGACAUGGGCCGUGACGCGGAGAGCGUUGAGGCCCUUCAGCGACAGCACGAUGCGGCCAUGCGCGAUUUCGGGGCCUUGGAUGUGCGCCUGUCCGAGCUGAGCAAGGAGGCUCGCCGGCUCCCGCGCGUGCACCGCACCGAAGACAUGUGUGCCGUUCAGGAGAAGCAGGAGCAGCUGGAGGCGCGCUGGAACGAGGUGAGAAGCAUGGCGCAGCAGCGGCGUCUCAAGCUGAACGACGCGCGCGACUACCAGGCGUUUGUCACGCGGCUGCGUGGCGUCACGGCGUGGAUGGCGGACGUGGAGGCCACCAUGGCGUCCACGGAGCUUGCGCACAGCGUCAACGCUGCCGAGGUGCUGUGCAAGCGUCACGCUGCACUCAAGACGGACAUUGAGGCGCGGGAGACAGACCUGGCCCGUGUGGAGCACGUGGUCACGCGCCUGCGUGCGCGGAACCACUACGCCAGCGAGGAAAUGCAAGCCAUGUACGCGGAGGCCGCCGCCAGGUACGCUGCGCUGCAAGAUGCGUGGCGGGCGCGAGACACAGUGCUUCGCCAAUGCCACGGCCUGCAGCUGUUUCUUCGUGACGCUGCGCAAAUUAUGGCGUGGAUGGACACGGCCACCAAAGGCCUGCACCGCCAGAGCGUGGGCACCUCCCUGCCCGAGGUGAGCGCGCUGCUGAAGCGCCACGCCGAUUUUGCAACCACACUCACCACAAACGACGAGAAGAUUCGCGCGCUGGUGAGAUAUGCAGAGGCAGAACUUGGGUACACCGCUGAUCAGCACUAUGCGGCGGAUGUCAUUGCUGCCAAGCUGUUGGCCGUGCAGGAGCAGCAGCAAACGCUGCACCAGCUGAGCGCGGAACGGCAGCGUCGCCUGGACGCAUCGCAGCGCCUGCACCAGUUCCUUCGUGACUGUGACGAGCUGGAAGAGUGGAUCCUGGUGCGCGAUAAAGUGGCGCAAGAAGAGGCCGUGCCCGACGACUUGAACGCGUUGCCACGCAAGGUUCAGCGGCAGCAGGCGUUUGAAGCUGAGCUGGAGGCGAACGAGCCGCGCCUGAGCUCGCUGGUCGCCCGACGCCGGCAAUUUGCCGAGGAGGGGCACUACGCCACCAGCACAGUGACGGACCGCGAGCAGCGGCUGCAGGCGCUGUGGCAGUCUCUGCUGGAGCACUCGGCGGGAAAGAGCGAGCGGCUGAAGCAGGCGCAGGACCUGUGGGACUUCUCACGCCGGUCGGAUGACAUCCUUGCCUGGUGCGCGGCCACCAUGCCCAAGGUGACCUCGGAGGAGCUUGGCGACGACACGCGCGCAACGUCGCGUCUGCUGAAGCGCCAAGAGGCGGUGGAUGCGGAGAUUGCCAGCUACGGCGAGCGCAUUGAGAUGCUGCGGCAGGAGGCCGCAGAGCACGCGGCGGCAAAGCACUUCCGCGCAGGAAGCAUGGCCAGGACGGUGGAGAAGCUAGUCGGCGCGCACAGCGCACUGCUGGACCCGCAGCUGGAGCGCACGCGCAAGCUCGAAUCCCACCUGGAGUAUCACCGGUACGUGCGGCUGGUGCACUCGCACCUGGCGUGGGUGGCGGAGCGGACCACAGCUGCGGAGUCAACGGACUUUGGCGACGACCUGACGGCCGUGCAGCGCAUGGUGAAGGUGCACGAUGCGCUUGUGGACAGCAUCACCGUGUACAAGGCCCAGGUGGACGCGGCCAUGGACCAGGGCCAGGCGCUUGUGCAGGCGGAGCACCACUGCUCAGACAGGAUUGAGGCUGUGAUGGACGAGCUGCGGGAUGCGUGGGCGGCGCUGGAGGCCGCUGUGGAGAAGCGUGGCGUGCAGCUGCAAGGCUCGCUGCAGGCACACGAGUACUUCACGCACGCCGACGAGGCCGAGGCGUGGCUGCGGGAGAAGCAUCCGCUGGUUGGCAGCGAGGAGCAUGGCACCGACGCGGACACCGCCGAGGCGUUUAUGAAGCAGCACGCUGCGGUGACCACGGACAUUGCAGCGUUUGAGGGCUUUGUGAAGAGCCUGCAGUCUGAGGCGGAGGGUUUGAUUGGCACGGGCAACGCGCUGGCGGAGAGCAUUGCCGAGCGGCAGUCGUUUGUUGAGGAGCAGUACGAUGCCGUGUGCGACCAGGGGCAGCGGCGCACGGCUGCGCUGGAGGCCUCGUUGCAGUGGCACAGGUUCUGCCGCAAGCACGAGGCCCUUGUGCAGCAGCUGACGCAGCACGUGCAGGCGCUGGCAGAUGCGCCUGCAGGCACGCACAAGGACGAGGUGGACGACCUGCUGCUCAAGCACGCGGCUGCGAUGGAGACGCACGCGCAGAGUUGCGAUGCUGCGGAGCGCCUGUGCGCAGAAGCGCAGGAGUACAUCGACGCCGGCCAUGCACAGGCCGGUGCGCUGGCAGAGAAGCAGCGUGCGCUGUUGGCGCUGGUCGCGGAGUUGAAGGAGGUUGGCGCUGAGCGGCAGGCGCGGCUCAAGGGGAUGCAGACCGUGUUUGCGUUCCUGCAGGAUGUGGAGGAUGUGGUCAUGUGGAUUCGUGACAAGGCGGCGUCACUCACGGAGCUGAGCCUCGCCGACACGCUCACGCUGCAGCGUCUACAGCGACAGCACCAGGUGGCAUGCAGUGAUCUGCAGGCGCUGGAGGCACGCGUGCAGCACCUUGAGAGCAGGUAUGGGACGCUCCAGGACGAGGACCUGAAGGGGGAGCUUGAGGAGCGCGCUGCGCCUGCAAUGGCUUCGAUGCGUUCGGAAUGGGCGGUGCUGCGGGACGGCUACGCGGGCCGAACAAGCGCGCUGGACUUCCUGCUCGCGGGCCAGCAGUGGGUGGAACUAGGGCAGGAUCUGCACGAGUUCUACACAGGCAUGCUGGCCGAGAUGGACGCGGAGGAGUCUGCGAGUGACGUCGCCGUGUGCGAGGCGCAGCGGAAGCGGCACGCGGAGCGCAAGCCAGAGAUUGACGCCCACGAGAGCGAUUUCCAGACCGCUCAGGUGUGUCGGCAACUGCGGACGCGGAUCGAAGAAGACGCGCGUGCGCUGCGCGAGCUGCACGACCAAGUGCACCAGGUGUGGCAGAACAAGCUCGAUGGCCUGGACACGGCAACGGAGACGCAGGCGUUCUUGAAGCAUGCCGAGGCAACCCGGCAAUGGAUUGGCUACCAGAAGGGGCUUCUCACGCUGGAUGAUGAUUUGGACGACGUGGACGAUAUUGAUGCGCUCUUGAAGAAGCACGAGGACUUUGAGCGCUCGCUUGCGGCGCAGACGGAACGCAUCCGUCGCAUCGAACAACCAACGGCGGCGGAGAAGCGCGAGCAGGAGAAGGCGGAAAAGGCCCGGCAAGAAGAGGAACGCAAAGCAACUGCUGCGGUAUCGUUCGUGCCGCCAGCGUCCAAGCGAGCAGCCACCUCCUCCACGGCAGGGGCAAUGCUGUCUGCACUGCAGAAGCGUGGGCAGGCACAAGAGCAACAGGGCGAGGAAGUGGGUGGACGUGACACUUCAAUUGCGACCUCAGAUGACGCACAGCUCAAGCAGCACCUUGCAGGGACGGAGGUUGAGAGUGGCGCAGCAAAGGGUCAUGGCGAUGAAGGGAGCGCUGGAGACGGCGUUAAUACUGACACCGCAGAGUCCACCACAGAGACGACUGCAGGUGCGGCCACCGCAGACAGCCAGCAACAGGAUCGGGACGCCGCGAGUGAUGUGGACGCGACUGUGGCGCGGGGUGCGGCGCUGAGCGUGAGCCAGGCGAGCAGCGCACGGGCCUCGCACUACGGCUUUGACAGCUUCAUGCAAGAUGGCGGUGGUGAUGCUGAGGAUGCGCGCAACAUUGCAGCCAUUGCGGAGGUGGACGAGCCAACAUCAUCCAGCACACUUGACAAUGACGACCAUCAACAGCAGCAGCAGGAGCAGCAGGAGCCAGAGACACGCCAGGUGCCGGGCGAGAGCGGGAACGAGACGCCGACAGUGGAUGCGGGUGCUACGCAGGAGCGCGGCAGCCCAGCAUCGACGGUGGCUUCUUCAACAACAGAAGGCGAAGCCAAGGCAGAGGGCGCCACGAUCCCGAAACAGGGUGCUGGUGAACAGCAGAGGGACAGCGUGCUCAUGCAGGGGGCGCUGCACAGGAAGGUGGAAUACGAGAGCAGGGGCAAGCGCUCCUUGCUGCGGUCGUGGAAGGACCAUUUUGCCGUCUUGGAGGGACGCGCGCUCAAAUUCCUUCAUCCAAAAGACCAUCGCGUGCUGGCGGUGUCGGACCUCGCUGGUGCGCAGUGCGCUGUGGCCAAAAACUACUCCAAGCGCCCGCACGUAUUUGAGCUCGUGUGUACGGAUGGCAGCCAGGUGCUGCUUCAGGCUGCUGAUGCAGCCACAAUGGAGGCCUGGAUCGGCGCAAUUCGGGAAGCUGCUGGUGCCGCUGCCGCUAACGCGCCAGACGCGUCGUCUGCCGCUCGGCCCCGACUGGACACGACUGCGACUGUUGCAAAGCCGCAACAGCAGCAGCAGCAGCAGCAGCCGCCGGACGCGGCGUCUUCGGGUUCAACGCGCUCACCCGCAACCCAGAGGAAGCAGCAGCAGCAGCAGCAGCCCAAGCAAGUCAAGGGCAAACGUUCCAUUUUCGGCUUCAAGCGCUAG